ACGUUACAACUCCAUACGGUAAAUAAAUGGACAAGUACACUUUAAAACAAUUACACAACUCAUAAUCUCAGGUAUAUUACGGACACGGGUGUUUGUUGACGCAUUCAAUUAAGCAAAAACCUCUCUUUGAUAAACCUCAAUUCAGAUGAGAAAGUGGCUUUUUGGAAAACAAUUUUCAUCUUUUACAACACCAAAUUUUUGUCUUCUCUCCUCUUCAAAACUCACGCAUCUUCUUCAGCUUUGUAGCAAUUCGAGAGCAUUAACUCAAGCCAAACAAACCCACCAAAAAAUUAUACAACAUGGCUUACACCAAGACCCAUUUGUUACUACAAAAUUGGUUCAAGCAUAUGUGGAAUGUGAUCUUUUCAGGUAUGCUCUGAAGCUGUUUGAUGAAUUGACUGAACCAAAUGUAUUUGCUUGGACUGCACUUCUUACAUUUCACUCAAGAAAUGGCCUUUUUGUUGAUUGUUUGAAGGUUUAUAGUACAAUGAGAUUUACGGGUUGAAUGUGCUAACCAGGUUUUCAAUAACAUGGAUGUUAAAGACUUGCUGUCUUGUAAUGCUAUGCUAUCUGGGUAUGUGGCUAAUGGGUGUCCAGAGUUAGCGUUAGAGAUAUUUGAGUCAAUGAAGCUUAUUGGUGUUGAACCUGAUUUGAUCACAUUCAAUUCUGUAAUGGAAGCUUAUUGUCAAAUGGGGUUUUGUGAUGAAGCUCUCAAAGUUUUUCGGUUAAUUGCAAAUCCGAGUAUUGUCUCUUGGACAACUAUAAUUUCUGGCUAUGCAAGGGUUGGGAAUCAUGAAGCAUCUUUGGAUAUGUUCAGAAAUAUGAUGAGGUUAAUGGGGGGUAUGCCUGAUUUGGAUUCUCUCUCGAGUUCAAUCGUUUCUUGUCGACAUUUAAGGGCCUUAAGAAAUGGGCAAGAAAUUCAUGCUUACGGAAUAAAAACUCAUUCAAAUUUACAUUUUUACAAGUCCUGUGGACCUGCUUUAUUGACAAUGUACUCAAAGUGCAGUAGAGCUCAUGACAUGAAAAAUGUGUUCGAUUUGAUGGACAAAUUCGAUGUAGUCACUUGGAAUGCCAUGAUUCUUGGUCUGAUUGAUUUGGAAAUGGGAUAUUCAGCACUUGAAACCUUUAAUAUGAUGCAACCUCUUGGUGUUCGAAAUGAUCAAACCACACUAUCAACAAUCUUGCCCAUUUGUAAUCUCAAGUCCGGAAUGCAAAUUCAUGCUUACAUUCUCAGGAACAACUUAUGCUCAGUAAUUCCAGUUUUGAAUGCUUUGAUCAACAUGUAUUGUAAAUGUGGAUCUGUUAGUUCUGCAUAUCUUAUUUUCUCCGACAUGACAGUCCGAGAUGUGGUUUCGUGGAACACGAUGAUUGGAGGGUUUGCAGUGCAUGGAAAAGGAGAGGCUGCUCUAAAGUGUCUAAAAGACAUGAUAUCUUCUGGUGUUUCACCUGAUUCUGUCACUUUGACAGCAAUUCUUUCUGCUUGUAAUCACUCUGGUCUUGUCAACGAGGGACUUGAGGUGUUUCAUGGCAUGUGUAGAGACUUUGGGUUGGUUCCGAAAAUGGAGCAUUUUGCGUGUCUAGUGGCUAUGGUAGCGCGCGCUGGACAGCUAAAUGAGGCACUUGAUAUUGUAAAGGAAAUGCCAUUCAUCCCUGAUAAGCAUAUAUGGGGGACUCUUUUAGCUGCUGCUCAAGCGCGACACAAUAUGGAGGUUGCUGUGUUGGCUGCGGAUAAUCUUGUUGGUUUAGAACCUAAAAAUGCUGGACACUAUGUUACGCUUUCAAAUAUAUACACAGAUGAUGGAAGAUGGGAUGAUGCAAUGAGAGUAAGAAGGUUGAUGGAAAGCAGAGGUUUGAUGAAACUGAAAGGUAGUAGUUGGAUGGAAGGAGGGAACUAAGACUAUGUUAGGAUAGGAAAUUAGGAGAGAAAAGAAAUGAAUGGAAGGGGAAGGGAAGGAAGGGAAAGAGAGGGAAAAUACUCGAUUGUUUGUAUAGGAAGGAAGGCCGAAGGGAGGAUUUUGCAGAAAAAGCUUGCUUAGAUUUGUAAACAUUAUGCAGUUAUAUUCUUUAAGCCUUCAAUGUAUUGAUACCUUCGUCAAUAUACAGUUACCUUCUCCAUAUUAUACCAUAUUGGAUUGGGUUAAGGCAUUCUUACAUUUACUUCUACUCUUGUAUAAAUAAUUAUGUGAUUUACAAACAUAAUUACUCAUAUU